CCAUGGCAACGGCGGUGGCGGCCCCGCCCCGAGCCGGGCCGCGCCGCCGACUGGAGCGAGGCGGUGGCGGCCGCGGCCGGUGCCCUGCAGGCGGGCGGGCUGGUGGCCGUGCCCACGGACACGGUGUACGGCGUGGCCUGCCUGGCCCAGGACUCGGCCGCCGUGCGCAGCAUCUACAGCCUGAAGGGGCGGAACGGCGCCAAGCCGCUCGCCAUCUGCCUCGGCGACGUGGAGCCGCUCUACAGGUACUGCCGUGUCAAUGUUCCCGACGAGCUGCUGCGGGACCUGCUCCCGGGACCAGUGACCCUGGUCUUGGAGCGUUCAGAAGAGCUGAAUAAGGACCUGAAUCCGUUCACAUCGCUGGUUGGUGUUCGCAUUCCAGACCACCCCUUCAUGAGAGACCUGGCCCGAGCCUGCCCGGGACCGCUGGCUCUGACGAGCGCCAACAUCAGCUCCCAGGGCAGCACCCUGACCGUGCUGGAAUUCCAGGACUUGUGGCCUCAGCUGUCCUUGGUCAUUGAUGGAGGCCCCAUAGGAGACAUCCAGAGCCCAGAGUGUCGCUUGGGGUCAACUGUGGUUGAUUUAUCUGUGUCAGGGAAGUUCUCCAUCAUCCGGCCUGGCUGUGCACUAACGCCCACAGUUGAAAUCCUGAAGAAGAAGUAUGGCUUGGUACCAGAAUCUUCCUAACCCUUGGGACUGGGAGCUGGUGGAGCUGGGCACUGUGUGCCUGUGCACUCAGGAGUGGGUGAUCUUGGCCUUGUUUAAUAAGGUCGAUGGGUUAUGUCAAGGUAAAUUAAAAAAUAUUAAAAAAGAAAGACUGGAAAA